CAGCCCCCACCCAACACCCCUCCCACCCCACACCCUCCUUCCAGAAGUCUGCAGAAGAAUUCUGUACAUGCUCAAACACCACAGAGGAGUCUGCGAGCCAUCUUGGUACACCUCAUCUAUGUGUUUAAUCUGGCAGGUGACAACCCCCACAGAAUUUCCUGUUGAUCCCCCAAGACAAGGAUGAAGUGGAUAAAGGACACAACAUAUGUCCACUAGUGAGAAAUCUAGGAAAGAAAAAAAUAUCCAUUAUGAAGGGGACCAGAGGAUGUGAUCCAUUAUGUGCAGGAGAGACCAUCCCUAUGGGAUAAAUCCCAUGCCAAACAUCAUGAAAACAGUUGCACGCGUAGGAGAUGGGAGGAAAUAUAUAUUAAAAUUUUUCCUGAUUUCUUGUCUUAUGAUGAAAAACUACAGGAGGCCAUGGCUGAACACAUAGAAAAAAAAUGGCGGUCAUUGAGAGAUAGUUUCUUCAAGUGGUUCCAAUUUCCAAUUUACCGAGUUGGUCAGCAGCUAAAAAAAACUACAUACAAACAUGCCGAACGUCUGGCCUUCCUUCAAAAGGUCCAGGAAAUGCAAUUGUAUUUAGGAGGUAGGAUGCACACAGGUGUUAUGGUGAUCAAGAACGCGCAUGCCUUCGAAACGCAUCCAUGUGAGUUGCCUGCCGGAUUGGUGAUGGUGUUUGGAGUGUGCUCUUCGUUUUAAAGGAAAGAAUUCAAUUCAACAUUUUAAAGGCACUGCUGGACUACUUCUUUCUUCAAUUGCUGACACAUAUGAAGCCAGGCCAGGCUUGAAGUCCGCGCAGACCGUGGAGGAGGACAGGCAUGGGAAGCCCCCAUCUAUAGCUGCAUAGUCGGUCAGGCUGGGAAUCAUACGCUCCCCACUAGGGAGUAGGAUGUCCUUCAGCUCCAAUCCAGAUGUGUAUGACAGCCAUCAUCCUAUCCUAUACCAAUAAUGCAAUACGUAAUGGAGUGAGAAGUUCUACAGGUGACCUUUAAGUCAAAAUGUCACAAAAAGUGAUGAGUGAGGAUGAGAAAUUCCUCUUUUUGGACAAGGACUACAUAAACAGCCCUGCAGCGCAGGCAGACUGGACAGCCAAAAAGUUGGUUUGGGUCCCUUCUGAGAAACAUGGAUUUGAAGCUGCAAGUAUCAAGGAAGAGAAAGGUGAUGAAGUUCUGAUCGAAUUGGAGAAUGGAAAGAAAAUGACCAUAAGCAAGGAUGAUGUCCAAAAGAUGAACCCCCCCAAAUUCUCCAAAGUGGAGGACAUGGCAGAGCUGACUUGCCUAAAUGAAGCUUCUGUGCUGCACAAUUUAAGAGAAAGAUAUUUCUCCGGCCUUAUCUAUACAUAUUCGGGUCUAUUUUGUGUUGUGGUCAACCCUUACAAAUCGCUACCAAUUUAUUCUGAGAAGAUCAUUGACAUGUACAAAGGCAAGAAAAGACAUGAAAUGCCCCCUCAUAUCUAUGCAAUUGCAGACAAUGCAUACAGGAGUAUGUUACAAGACCGUGAAGAUCAGUCCAUUCUGUGCACAGGUGAAUCUGGUGCUGGGAAGACAGAGAAUACCAAGAAGGUCAUCCAGUACCUGGCAGUGGUUGCAUCAUCACACAAGGGAAAGAAAGACACCACCAUUACUGGAGAGCUGGAAAAGCAGCUUCUUCAAGCUAAUCCCAUCCUUGAAGCUUUUGGUAACGCCAAAACUGUGAAAAAUGACAACUCAUCCCGCUUUGGUAAAUUCAUUCGUAUCAACUUUGAUGUUUCUGGAUUCAUUGUUGGAGCAAACAUCGAAACUUAUUUGCUAGAAAAAUCGCGUGCUAUCCGGCAAGCUAAAGAUGAGAGGACUUUCCACAUAUUUUACUAUUUGCUUCAAGGAUCUAAGCCUGCAUGGAAGGAGGAACUACUACUGGAAGGUUUUUCAAAUUACACCUUCUUUUCCCAUGGUUAUGUGCCCGUCCCCUCACAGGAUGAUGCAGACAUGUUCCAGGAGACUUUGGAAGCCAUGGAAAUCAUGGGAUUCAAUGAAGAGGAACAGAUAGCAAUGAUGAAGGUGGUGUCAUCAGUCCUCCAGCUUGGCAACAUUGUCUUCAAGAAAGAAAGGAAUACCGAUCAGGCUUCCAUGCCAGAUGACACAGCUGCCCAGAAAUGUUGCCAUCUGAUGGGAAUCAAUGUAACAGAUUUUACAAGGUCCAUUCUUACUCCUCGUAUCAAAGUGGGAAGAGACCUUGUGCAGAAAGCUCAAACCAAAGAACAGGCUGACUUUGCAAUUGAAGCUUUGGCAAAGGCCACUUAUGAACGUCUCUUCCUGUGGCUGCUCAGUCGGGUCAACAAAGCUCUCGAUAAAACCAAGAGACAAGGAGCUUCUUUCCUGGGUAUUCUUGACAUUGCUGGUUUCGAAAUAUUUGCGGUCAACUCAUUUGAACAGCUUUGCAUCAAUUACACUAAUGAAAAACUCCAGCAGCUGUUCAACCACACUAUGUUCAUUCUGGAGCAGGAGGAAUACCAAAGAGAAGGUAUUGAGUGGAACUUCAUUGACUUUGGUCUAGAUCUUCAGCCAUGCAUAGAGCUUAUUGAGAGGCCUAAUAACCCACCUGGUGUAUUGGCUCUUCUGGAUGAAGAGUGUUGGUUCCCCAAAGCCACUGAUGUCUCAUUUGUGGAGAAACUUAUCCAAGAACAAGGGAGCCAUAUUAAAUUCCAAAAAACCAAGCAACUGAAGGAUAAAACUAUCUUUACCCUCCUCCACUAUGCCGGAAAAGUAGAUUAUGAUGCCACUUCUUGGCUAACCAAGAACAUGGACCCCUUGAACGACAAUGUAACAUCAUUAUUGAACCAAUCAUCAGAUAAAUUUGUUGCAGAUCUAUGGAAAGAUGUUGACCGUAUUGUGGGGUUGGAUCAGAUGGCAAAAAUGACUGAAAGUUCCAUGCCUAGUGCUUCAAAAACCAAGAAAGGCAUGUUCCGUACUGUCGGCCAACUUUACAAGGAGCAAUUGGGCAAACUAAUGACAACACUGAGAAACACAAAUCCAAACUUUGUUCGUUGUAUCAUUCCAAAUCAUGAAAAACGGUCAGGAAAACUUGAUGCCCAUCUUGUUCUUGAACAGCUGAGGUGCAAUGGUGUCUUAGAAGGCAUCAGAAUUUGUCGUCAAGGAUUCCCCAACAGAAUAGUUUUCCAGGAGUUCCGUCAAAGAUAUGAAAUCCUUGCUGCUGGAUCUAUCCCUAAAGGCUUUAUGGAUGGUAAACAGGCAUGUGUGCUCAUGAUUAAAGCCUUAGAACUUGACCCCAAUCUGUUCAGAGUUGGCCAGAGUAAGAUAUUCUUCAGGACAGGUGUCCUUGCCCACCUAGAAGAAGAAAGAGACUUAAAGAUCACAGAUAUAAUCAUUGCUUUCCAAGCCCAAAGUCGUGGUUACCUUGCAAGAAAGGCUUUUUCAAAGAGACAGCAGCAACUCACUGCAAUGAAAGUCAUUCAAAGAAAUUGUGCUGCCUACCUGAAGCUCAGAAAUUGGCAAUGGUGGAGACUGUUUACUAAGGUGAAACCUCUGCUGCAAGUAACCCGUCAGGAAGAAGAAAUGCAAGCCAAAGAUGAAGAGCUUCAAAGAGUCAGUGAAAGGUUCCACAAAACAGAGCUUGAAUUGAAGGAGAUUCAGAUGAAGCAUAUUCAGUUGACAGAGGAGAAGAAUCAACUUCAAGAACAGCUUCAGGCUGAGACUGAGCUUUUUGCUGAAGCAGAAGAGAUGAGAAUACGGUUGCAAGCCAAGAAACAAGAACUGGAAGAGAUUCUUCAUGAAAUGGAAGCCAGAAUAGAAGAAGAAGAGGAAAACAACCAACAACUACAAACAGAAAAGAAGAAGAUGUUGCAGCAAAUGCAGGACCUGGAGGAACAAUUAGAAGAAGAAGAAGCAGCCAGACAGAAACUCCAGCUGGAGAAAGUGACAGCAGAAGCCAAAAUUAAAAAAUUGGAAGAUGAUGUUCUUUUAAUGGACGAUCAGAACAACAAAUUAGCUAAGGAGAGAAAGUUGCUUGAGGAUAGAGUGAACGACCUGACAUCCAAUUUGGCGGAAGAAGAAGAAAAAGCAAAGAAUUUGACAAAAUUAAAAAAUAAACAUGAAUCUAUGAUCUCAGAACUGGAAGUCCGUCUAAAGAAAGAAGAGAAAGGCAGACAAGAACUUGAUAAGGUGAAGAGAAAGCUGGAAGGAGAAGCUAAUGACCUUAAUGAACAAAUUGCAGAACUACAAGCACAGAUCGCUGAGCUGAAGCAACAACUAGCUAAAAAAGAAGAGGAGCUCCAGGCAGCUCUUGCCAGGUUGGAAGAUGAACUUGCCCAGAAAAACAAUGCUUUGAAAAAAAUCAGAGAGUUAGAAGGUCACAUUUCUGACCUUCAAGAAGACUUGGAAUCAGAAAAAUCUGCGAGAAAUAAGGCAGAGAAGCAAAAGAGAGACUUAGGUGAAGAGUUGGAAGCACUGAAGACAGAGCUGGAAGACACACUUGACAGCACAGCAACGCAACAAGAACUCCGAGCUAAGAGAGAACAGGAGGUUACAGUAUUAAAGAGGGCAAUUGAAGAGGAGACAAGAAACCAUGAAGCCCAGGUCCAAGAGAUGAGACAGAAGCAUACUCAAGCUGUUGAAGAGAUUACAGAACAACUGGAGCAAGUAAAAAGGGUUAAAAUCAACUUGGAGAAGAGCAAACAAGCUUUGGAGAAGGAGAACUCAGAUCUCACAAUAGAGAUCAGAUCUAUAAAUACAGCCAAGCAAGAUGUAGAGCAUAAGAAGAAGAAGCUUGAAGUUCAAUUACAAGAGCUGCAGUCUAAGUAUGCUGAUGGAGAGCGGGUCAGGAACGAGCUGACAGAAAAAAACCACAGAGUACAGGUGGAACUGGAAAAUGUCACUGUCCUACUCAAUGAAGCAGAAUCAAAAUCCAUCAAACUUUCCAAAGAUGUUGCAAGCUUGUCAUCGCAGCUCCAGGACAGUCAGGAAUUGCUGCAAGAAGAGACUCGUCAGAAGUUGAAUGUGGCCACCAAGCUCCGUCAAAUAGAGGAUGAAAAGAACAGUCUACAGGAACAACUUGAUGAGGAAGCAGAGGCCAAGCAGAAUCUUGAACGCCACAUCUCCACACUGAAUGUUCAGCUUCAAGACUCCAAGAGGAAACUGCAAGAAUUUACUGCUACAAUAGAAGCAAUGGAGGAAGGCAAGAAAAAGUUCCAAAGAGAUAUUGAGUCCGUGACGCAACAGUUUGAAGAGAAAGCAUCUGCCUAUGACAAACUGGAAAAGACCAAGAAUCGCCUACAGCAGGAGCUUGAUGACUUAGUAGUUGACCUGGACAACCAGCGCCAACUUGUGUCCAGCUUGGAGAAGAAGCAGAAGAAGUUCGACCAGAUGUUGGCAGAGGAAAAAAAUAUAUCUUCAAAAUAUGCAGAUGAGAGAGACAGAGCUGAGGCAGAAGCCAGAGAGAAAGAAACUAAAGCGUUAUCACUGGCCAGAACUCUUGAGGAAGCCUUACAGUCCAAGGAAGAACUUGAAAGAGUCAAUAAACUUCUGAAGGCUGAGAUGGAAGACUUGGUCAGCUCUAAGGAUGAUGUAGGCAAGAAUGUCCAUGAUUUGGAGAAAUCAAAGCGAGCCCUUGAACAACAGGUUGAAGAGAUGAAGACACAGCUGGAGGAAUUAGAAGAUGAGCUUCAAGCAACAGAAGAUGCCAAACUUAGACUUGAAGUCAACAUGCAGGCCCUUAAAGCACAAUUUGAAAGAGAUUUACAAGCUAGAGAUGAGCAGAAUGAGGAGAAGAGGAGACAGCUCGUCAAACAGGUUCAUGAGUAUGAAACAGAACUGGAAGAUGAACGGAAACAGAGAACACUGGCAGCUGCAGCCAAGAAAAAAUUAGAGGUUGACCUCAAAGAUUUAGAAGGACAGGUUGACUUUGCCAACAAAGGCAGAGAUGAAGCUAUCAAGCAACUGAGGAAGCUGCAGGCUCAGAUGAAAGACUUCCAGAGAGAUCUUGAUGACGCUCGUGCAGCACGAGAGGAGAUCUUUGCUACUGCUAGAGAAAAUGAGAAGAAGGCCAAGAGCUUAGAAGCAGAACUUAUACAACUACAAGAGGAUUUGGCUGCUGCCGAGAGAGCAAGAAAACAAGCAGAGAUGGAAAAAGAGGAACUUUCAGAAGAACUUGCAGGAAGUGCAUCAGGAAAAUCCGCCCUCCUGGAUGACAAGCGUCGCCUGGAAGCCAGAAUUGCACAGCUAGAGGAGGAAUUGGAGGAGGAACAAGGCAACAUGGAGGGUAUGAGUGACAGAAUGAGGAAAGCAGUGCAGCAGGCAGAACAACUUAACAAUGAGCUGGCAGCUGAGCGCAGCACUACACAGAAGAAUGAGAGUGCACGCAUGCAGCUGGAGAGGCAGAACAAAGAACUCAAGAGCAAAUUGCAGGAAAUGGAAGGCUCUGUCAAGUCCAAAUUCAAGUCCACUAUUACUGCAUUGGAAGCUAAGAUCUCUCAGCUUGAGGAACAGUUAGAACAGGAAGCCAAGGACAAACAAGCAUCACUGAAAUCAUUAAAACAAAAAGACAAAAAGCUUAAGGAAGCUCUUCUGCAAGUUGAAGAUGAAAGAAAGCAGGCUGAGCAGUUCAAGGACCAGGCCGAUAAGGCAAGUCUAAAACAGAAGCAACUGAAGCGGCAGCUGGAGGAGGCUGAGGAAGAAACACAGCGUCUCAAUGCUAACCGCAGGAAAUUGCAGAGAGAGCUGGAUGAGGCCACUGAAAGCAAUGACACGCUGACAAGAGAACUCAGUGGACUUAAGAGCAAACUCAGGAGGGGAAAUGAGCCAGCCUCAUUUGCCCCACCUAGACGAUCCGCGGGAAACAGAAGAGCUGUAGAAAAUGCAGCUGACGGGUCUGAGGAAGAUGCUGAAUCACGAGAUGCUGAUUACAAUGGAACAAAAGCAAGUGAAUAAUCCUACUCCUUAUCACGUCACGUGCCUUAAGACUGUAUCACAACUUUAUUUAUCCCUCUUCAAUCCAUGAGAAGGUGACAAGUGUUGGAGGCUGUCUUGGCAAUGAAGCAAAUUCGUUCUAUUUCAAAUGCACCAAUAUGGCGUCCGACUACUGCAACACAGAAGCCAUGCAGAAGGUCCAACCACUAUUAAAAUAAAAAGACUUCUACUCUCCACACAGCAGCUGUCACAGUGUAUACCUGAGAUUGUCACAAGCACUGACUUGCCCUUAGAUGGUUAAAAUGAAGGUUUAGCUCCCAGGUGUGCAGUAAGGGAGAAUUGACCUUUUUAUUUCCUCAUGGGCAGAGCCAACCAUGGUCUGCCCAGUUCAGAUGUGCAACUCAUGAGAACUAGCUGAAAUUUCUGUAAUAAUUGAAAUUAACUAUUUGACCCCUUCAUUCACUGGUUGACACAAAGGAAAUGUUCUAUCUCAGUUCUACAUCCUUGUUUGAUCCAGUGUGCAACCUAUUGUUUAUUCUCUCAAAAACAUAUAUUUUUUUUACUUUUCAUGCACCAAGUGCCUUUCUGUUCACCGUUAAAUGUAUCAAAUGUAUUUGUUUUAAAAUAAAUUCAGAUGUAUUACACUGUUUACUUGUGCACCCUGAUCGUGCUAAAGCCACAACCACUCAUAAAAUUAUACAGCACAUGAGUACAUAGUAGUGACUCUCUGUAGUAGUUACUAAUAUUCUAGGGGUAGGAUUAUUGAGUUUUUCUUUAGUUUGUUCAGCAGUGGCCACUUAAUCCACCCAACUGUGUUACUAAUGUCUAUUUAAAUGCAAUAACAUUGGAUUUGGCUUCUCUAAUAAAAUUCGUUUUUAUU